GUUUUGACACACACCAAACUUGGAACUCUAUUCGAGUGGCGACGUCAAAAGUUCAGUGGUAUAGGGGUCUCUGGUUCGCUGGAUCAACUCCAAAGUACUCUGUUAUGUCUUGGCUUGCUGUCCAUAACCGCCUGGCAACAGGAGAUAGGCUGCUGCAGUGGAACUCUCAGGCAAACGCUCAGUGUAUCCUCUGUAACUCUGCAGUUGAAUCCAGAAAUCAUCUUUUCUUUAGCUGCACCUUCACAGAGACUAUUUGGAGGAACCUCACAAGGAAGCUACUUGGACAGAACUACUCACACAUAUGGAGUGAAGUUCUUGAUCUUAUAUCGACACACACUGUCUCAGGGGAGACAAGGUUCCUCCUAAGAUAUGCUUUUCAAGUUUCAGUGCACAGUAUUUGGCUGGAGAGAAAUGGUAGGAGGCACGGCAAGGUUCAGAGACCUCCGAGCAUUCUUAUCAAGUUCAUCGACAAGCAAAUACGAAAUCGAAUCAGUUCUCUCCGGGGACGAGCUGGAACAUCCUUCAACAACACUAUGGUGGUUUGGUUUUCGUCUAGAGAUUAAAUGGGUUCCAUUCCACCAAAUUAGUUUCAAAACUAUCAUACAAGUUUACACUCAAGUUGCAUUAGUUUGUAAAAAAGUCUUUUUUGAUUUGAAUAAAUUUAACAUUCUUUCAAAAAAAAAAAAAAAAAAAAAAAAAAAACAUCUACGCCUAAGUUAGAGAUUUGUAUAACCUUUAUAAUGAUAAAUGUAUGUGUAUAAAGAAACAAUGGUGAAGAGAGUUAAAGUCUGAAUCACCUACCAUUUUAGGCAUAAUGAUAUCGAAUAUAAAUGUUAACGUAUAAAUUGUUGGAACUAUUUUUCACAAGCCAAUUGGGCUGAGUGAAAAAUAUAAUAUAAUGUGAAGUAAAUAUUGUAUUUUAUAUAGAGAAAGUCCAUCACAUCUGUGAGUCUAUGGAUUGAAUAAAAUGUUAGAAAAACGUUUUACUAAGUUGAUGACUAAACUAAAUCUAUUUGGUGACAAAUGACUUAACCUAAGUAAGUUUGAUGACUAAUUUAACUUAGUGACCAAUCUAUGCAACUUAGUGACAAAUGGUUAAUACUAAAGUUCACUUGGUGUCUAACCAUGGUGACUUAGUAACAGAUGUCAAAAGCUUAAGCAAAUUAAAUGACACAUGUCAAAGUUGCUUUAUGACUAAACUUUGUGAAUCUUUCCUAUAAAUAGACAUGUUAUUUCUCCAUUAGAAAUACAUUUCAUACAUUUGAAAAAUCACAAGUAAAACAUUCACAUCAAAAAAAAAAUGUACGAAGAUAAGCUUCCAUAAGCUUUUAAUACAUCAUAUACUCUCACUCUUCCAACAAAUUUAUUUAGAUAUUUUUUAUAGUCUCCAGAGUAUAACAUGGAUGUUAAGUUUGUAAUUAAAUUCUGCUUUGGAUGAUGCAAAAUAGUCUCACGUGGUUUUGUCUUGAGACUCAAAAACCGUACAUAAACCGUCUCACCUACGAAAAACUUAUUGAGUUAAGGAAAGCGAUUAAAUUACGACUCCACAUAUUUGUCUUUUUAUAUCGAUUUUUUAAACGUUUUUCCGCUUUAUAUUAUCGUUAUCAUCACAUUUUCUUUCAUAAUUUCAAUUUGGUUUCUGGCAUCCUAACAUAGAUCAGAUGGCAAUGACCGAAUUCUAUUAACAAGUAAAUAGACUUCACAUUUUUCAAAGGAUUUAAUACAUAGCAGAAAACAAUAUGUAAAUUUAUAAUUAAUUUUUAAAUUUUAUUUACAUUUCUAUCAUUCUGCAUUUCACAAAAUUACUAAAAUAUAAUGGGAAGAAUAUAUUUAAGUUGUGUUAAUUACUCUAAACAAUAUGUUAUUUGUAUCUAAAUUCAUCCCGUGGAAAAAUUAACUUGUCCUGUGAGUCAUGAGAUAAUGACAAUGGGCCGAAUAAAUAAUUGGGAUUAGUCUUAAUUAAACGCCCAUUAGAUCUAAGUAGAUUAACUAACUCUUUUUUUUUGAUCAUACUAACUAAUCUGUCACAACUCUUCUUCUUUUCUCUGCGUGGCUCUCCAAAUCGGAAGACUUUCGCCACCGUCGGCUUUCUUAUUUCCGGCAUAAUUCGCCGGUGAUUUUCCUCGUUCUUCUGUGUACUACUUUCGAAGUAUGGGAUUUUCCCGCCAUUUACAGUAAAAGGUUCAUUCUGCAUUUCCAUAGCUCAUUAUAAACAGAAUUUUUUUUUUUUUUUUUUUUUCUAAGUUGAUAUAAAAAAAAAAACAAAUUCUGCAUUAUGUUGUUGGUCUCUUUUGUUGGAAUCUCUGUUCGUAUAAACUUAGGGGUUUUUUUUUUUUUCAAAACUAACCCAAUCAUGAUUCAUGAUGCGUAGGUGGAUUCGUUUAAUCUCAUCGGGUGCAAGAAUGUCAGAUUCUGGUGAAGCUAAAAAGUCUCACCCUGCUGUUGAGCAAGACUUUAAGUCUCAGGAAGGCCAAACGACUCAAAACUCAAACAAAAGAACGCUUGAUGAAGCCUCCAAAAACGAAACCUCCGGUUUAGAAACCCUCAAGAAGAUGGCCAAACCAACAGCCAGGAAGAUUGAGUUUAAGACAACAGAGGAGGAGGAGGAGGAGGAGGAUGCAUUGCCUCUAGAAUGUUCCAUUUGCAGAAACCCAUUCUUGAAUCCAGUUGUAACAAACUGCAACCAUUACUUCUGCAAUCUCUGUGCCCUAAUGCACCACGAGAAGAACACCAAUUGUUUUGUGUGUAACCAGCCAACCCUUGGAGUUUUCAACACAGCCGUGGAUAUCAAGAAAAAGAUAGUCAACGUACGUCAGAAAGCCAGAGCAAUGGUGAAGGAGGUGUCAACAAUCUUGGCAAAGGCUUUGGUUAUAAGGAAGGACGCGGAUGCCAUGGCGGCACAGUCGGCGGGAAUGGUGGAAGAUGUUGAAACAGUGAUGGGUAUAGUGGAUGCCCACGGGGAAACGUCGGCGGAAGAUCCAACUUCGUGGGAUGAGAUUGUGGAUCUGGUGGAAAGCAUGGAGGUGGUAGCGGCGAAGGCCAAGGAGAUGGCGGAGAAGGCGGCGGAGAUGGUGAAAGAAGCGAAUGAUACAACGGAGACGGCAAAGAGAGAGAUGGCCAAGGCGUUGGGGGUGAUGAGGAAAGUCAAGUGGAACGUGUAAACCGGUAGACGCGCUUCGGUUCAGUUCCACUACUAAUCAGAGUUUUUUUGCUAGGCAGAUCGUUUGAUUCAUUGGUUUAUAAAUUUUUUUUUUUUUUUUUUAUUCGAAUUUUUUUUUUUUUUUUUUUUUUUUUUUUUUAAUAAUAUAUAAUAUAUAAAAUCUGCCCGAAAGAUCGGGAAUCAGAUACGGUUACAAGCUCGCUUUGAACAAAAUUAUCGAAAUCUGACUAUUACAAACCUAGCUUCGCCCACCCACUAAACCCGGCGCAUUCCGCUAAGAUGUUUUUUGAAAUCCUUCGAUAUCGGUAGCCGUUCUCAACCAUCAACGUGACUCUCGGGAAAGUGAGGUUCUCCGCGUUUCCGCGGAUGCCGGGAGAUCCCUUGACAUUUCCGGAGUAGCUAGUUCCCGAUGAUCUCCACAAGCUCAUAACUUUCUCUGUCUAUGAAGCGCAAGACGACCGAAGGGGAGAGAUCAUAUACUUACCAAUGCCUUGCGAAUGCCACCAAGGCCAGCUCGUAUAAAGCGCCACCGACACUAUGACCGCAUCCCAAAACGAGCAAGCACUCGCUUCUGCCAUCUACGAAACCUGUACAAAGAUGAGUUGCCUCCACCGCCACUUCCUGAAAUGCAGUCUCUAAACCUGUGCAAGAAACGCCAGCCUCACCACCGUAGAAGGAACAAGACCAAUCACCACGGCGCCGGGAUGUGAGCUUCGACUGGAUGCUGACUCUGAGGCGGCGAAUGACCCCCGAGAACCGCCUAAGCAACCAAGGCCUUUGAGAACCAAAGGACCAAUUUCUUGAUCAAGAACUAUCAACCCCUGAGCCACGGGGUGUGAUAUGACGAUGAUGAGCGAGAGACUUGAACUCGUCGAGUGAAGCCGUCACCUACUCUCGGAGAAGAACAAAACAGGAAGCCAGGAGCAGGAGCUCCGAAAGAGUUGCGAGGCAACAAGAAGACCUCUCAUGGCCAUAGACGACCACUCGAGGUGAACCGGAAAACACACGCACGAAGAAAUCAGACCGGACACUUUCACCACGAUCACAUCCGCCUUCAACCCUCGUCUCCUAAGCCCUCAAAGAACCUGAGAGAACUCUUGGUUACGGCAAGCCAAGCAUCGGAAUCUCUCCGACCCGAAGAAAUCCUAAGCAAACACCACCAUAACCGAACAAGCACGAGCACCAGCAACAGACCCGCAGCUGCAGACCACCGCCGAAGCCACCGUGACAAGACCCUUUGCUACCACUCCUCGACGACAGAGAACCCGAGAGAUCCAUAAAAGGGAAAAGUGAAUCUCUCCAUAAACUCAAAAGCCGACUCUAGAUCGCUCUACUUCGCCGGACCCUCACCGCAAUUCCGGAGAAAGAGCUACCCCUACCUUGAAUCGGCUCCUCGCGACUGAAGCUUCCACCGGCGACGCAAGCUCGAACCUAGAAGAGCAAGCAUAUCGGGAGAGGGAGAGCAGAGACGACCUAGAGCAAAGAGGAAGACGAGACAGAGGAGAAGAGACCCCUCCGGCUCCGGCACGCGCUCUGACGCGACG